ACUUUAAGCCUUACUCCCCUUGGAUAAGUUGAGGCGGAGACCUUGAUUUAAGUACCUCCUAGAAUCCCUCGAAUAGAACCAAAAUAGGUACAUCACAACGUCUAUUGUUCCUCAUCAACGCCGAGCUUAUAAUCUCCCCAGAUCCGAAAGUAACGUCAAUCUAUUUCGAGUGUCUCAUCUCUUUAAAACUAUCUGUAUGUGCCGCCAUCACCAGUCACAGUCCUCUCAUCCCCUGCACAGAUGGAUUCUUCGUAUGUAGACCAGAGAGACUCACGUCAGUUCAGGUCCCGAACAGACAGUCACCUGUCAUCAACUACAUCGCAAUUUCAAGGUCUUCUUAUUAAGACUGACCCCACCACAUCUUCAGAUCACCAAGUUGGUACAUCUUCAUUAAACUCAGAUUCAACAACAGCAGCCUCAGCUACAACAGCUACCACAUUCAUUAGUCCACCGACAUCCACAUUCCUUCAGCAAACAUCUGAAUCUUCAACUGUCACUGGUCUAUCAUCACCAGCCCCUCAUCAAUAUACACCAUUUCUUGUUCUUAACAAGAGUGAACUUAACACAGACUGGUCCUGUAUCACGACUUCGGAAGCGCAAUCAGGCAACUCACUUGAACUCCGAAUCCUCCCAGGUCAAACAUUUCCUGGUAUUGAACUUCUUGAAUAUAAAGUUCCUAUUCAUUCUGAUUCACUUCCAUUAACCAUGUCUACUCUUGGCAUUCAGCACUAUGACCCACGGUUCGAUGCCGGUGCACGACCAUCAUACACUUGGCCUCGUACGUAUUCUAGAGGCUCUCCGGAAGGAUUGGAACUAACUCGAGCAGAAUUUGAGAUGAACGAACAAUUCAUCUCACAACAUAAUUUGAGUCCACAUAUGAGCCCCGGACAGCUAUCACCCUAUGAUGAGUUUAAGCCAUCACCAAUAUACGCACGAGCUCUUUCAGACAGUCCGCCACGAGCUGGUCUCACGCCUGAACAGAGGGAGUUGAAGCGUCAACGAGAUCACGCAAGGAGGGAAACGAAGUCGAGACAAAGAAGGGAGAGAUCCUUGAGCAAUCCUUAUGCAUCAAACAGAACGACACCAGACAUGUUACCACGGAAUCUUCCAGAUCACUAUUCAAACCCUAAUUCUCUCGCUCCAACCCCACUCUUGUCACAAUGCCCUUCAAAUCACGGCCUCCCAAGCCCAUCUUACCUCGCUUCAUACUCGCCACAAGUGUCCGUGACAGAUACUACACCUUCGGACAUGUAUGGGCCAGUUUUUACAAUGGGGCCAAAUGAUUUCGCACCAAUUUCAGCGUAUUCCGCACCAUACUCAAUGGGAGGUCCUGAAUCUACUCUUCCAUCAUACGCGUAUGUAUUGCCAAUGGAAAUCAAUUUUUACUUAAAUGAUAUAACUAACACCGUACAGCCCCCGACCACACUCCCUCUCAUCUGCUUCCGACCAAUCUAGCCUCAAUAGCAUCUAUGCACCACACCCGCACUCACAUUCACCUCUCACCCCCCUAUCCUCAAUUUCACAACCCUCCCACUCACCACUCGAGCCUCGCGACCACGUUCGCGUCGUGCAAUCGCGACCCAAACCUCAAUGUUGGGAUCACGGCUGCAAUGGUCGUCAAUUCAGUACUUUCUCCAACCUUCUGCGUCACCAACGUGAAAAGUCAGGCGUGGCAAGUAAAUCCUCAUGUCCCAACUGUGGCGCCGAGUUUACAAGGACUACGGCUAGAAAUGGCCACAUGGCGCAUGAAAAAUGUAAGCAGAGGAGAAAUUCUUGAGCUGGCAUGGCGCCUUCUUUUUCUUCAAUGCGACGGCGCGUUUCAUGCAAAUCUCCCCCUUCAGGGGCUGUGCAACGCAAUGCGUGGGGGUAUUUUAUUUUGGGGGAGUCGGCUGCUUUCUUUAUUACUUUAUGAGAUGGAUAUCAGAUGCGACGACAGAUAAGAUGAGACGAGAUGAAUUGGCUACGAGGAAGAAUAAAUGAAUUGUAAGAAUAUCGGGUACCGGGUCAUCUCAUCAUUUCAUCAUCACACUCAUCAUCAUCAUCAAAUUCAGGUUACUGGGCAAAGGUGGAGUUAAAAUUAGAAUUAUCACUCGUUACAAUUGUUUAUUGGCUGUUAAUUUUGCUUGGGUGCUUGAUUUGGCUGGGGAGGAACUUCUUUUUUACCCCUUUUUCGGGUUUGCCACAAAACACCUUCUUGUAUAUGAUCAUCGACUUCUUUUCUUUACACUCUUUUUGGCACUCUUUUUAUAUCAUAGUAUAGCAGGUCGGGACUUUUGGGAGGUGGAUUAAAAAUCAUGUUGUUUUAUUAUUUUUAUUUUUUACUACGUACUGUACUGGCUUCCUGGUCUGGUCUUUUUGUCUGUCAACUGCGCUCUGCAAUGUAUACCCCCAACUUUUCCUUGGAAGCUAUUGAAGAAGCAUUGUCAAUCGUCUCGUCUCGUUUGGAAUCGAUUAUAGGUUCAUUAUACCAUAUACGCAUGGAUUACAUAAAUUUAUUGUGGAAAACUGGAAAUUUGAAAAAGAUUUG